AUGGAUCUGCUAUUCGAUACCCUGACACAAGAUCUGCUGCCGUCUGAAGCAGCUGUUAUCAAAAACGACCCGUCUGCCGUGACAUACCUCGAGACUCUGCGCCACUUGUCAGCAGGAGACGCAGGAGACGAGUUCGACAAGGAAGCCCAAUAUCUGGAAACAUCAUACAACAACAAUGUCAAAACCCUGGCUACUUUGGCUGAAGGAGGACAUCGACAGUUCUUGAGUGCAGCUAAGAACCUCAGUGGAUUUGAGCAGGAAUACAAGUCAUUUAGUGCUAGCUCGAGCAAAGCAGCUGAGCUGAAAAUCGACGCGGAAAUCCCUGCUCAGGGAAACCAGAGAGAUACGCCAGCUCUUCUGCUACGAAACAUUGACAAGGUGAGCGAGAUUCUCGAACUGCCUACUCUCACACGUGCCUGCGUGACUAAUGGACUCUAUUCAGAAGCCCUAGAUAUCGUCGGACAUGCCAAGCUGCUGUCUUCUCGAUACCCCAACAUCAAAAUCAUUCAGAAGUUGCUGCAGGAGGUGCUCUCUGUGCAGUCUCUGCUUGUCAACGAACUGCUCGCCCAACUAACCAAAACCGUCAAACUGCCACAAAUCAUCAAAACCAUUUCAUAUCUGAAGCGCCUACCUCCUUUCAGUGACCUGGCAUCUGCAACAGAGUCAACCAGAGCACUGCAUCAGGUGUUUUUUGCCUCGCGCAUUGCCUACAUCAAAAGCCAAUUGGCUGAUAUUCCCCAUAAGGACGCCAGUGACAAGUACCUCAAGCGAUACAUCGAGAUUGUGAGAGAACACGCCUUUGCAACCAUCACAAACUUCCGUCUGACAUUCACGGACUCUGGUAACGAGUCUGCUGGCGAAUUCCUCCGAUGCAUUGUUCUCCAGCUGAGUCAGCAGCUCGAUGAGCACUUACCCAACCUCAACGAGACACAAACCGCCAACAUUUGGCUGCAGUUGGCAUACUGCUCUCAGUCAAUGGGCAGAGUGGGGGGAGAGUUUGGUCAGGUGCUCGUGGGAUUGGUAAAGGACGAGAACGCAGAGAAGGAAUGGUCUGCAGCGGUUGAAAAGCAGAAGGAGAUUUCUAUUAGCAUUGCCUAA